CAUGUAAUAGUGUAAAGUUUUCAUCACAGUCAAACGACAUAAACAUCAUGGCCGACAUCGAAGUGGACGUUGCAACAUUACCAGAAGAUGUCAGAGAAAAGCUGGCUGAGCUUGACCUCGAGCUUUCAGAAGGCGACAUCACUCAGAAGGGCUAUGAGAAGAAGAAGACGAGGCUGUUGGCACCCUACGUGAAGCAGGCCCAGGAAACCCAGGGUCCUGGUGCCCCCAGCCCUUCCACAGCUGCCCAGAGGCGAGCACAGCGUAGGCUGACCCGAGAAGACAACCGCUACCACUCUGAGAUCCGCACGGAAGCGGUGAUGCAAGCGUUAGCUAUGCACAACAACAAACGGCCAGUCAUGCUGCCCUCCAAACGAACCUCCGUCAACUACCAAGGUCAACAGCGCCGCGAGCGGCAAGACUCAUCUUCAGAUGAUGACAGUGUAUUAGAUGAGGAUCAGAUGAGGGGUUUUCAACGUGGGGGUGGUGCCCGUGACAGUGGGGCUUCCUCCUCUUCAUUUUCUGAUCAUGGGCAGGGCUCUUCCCCUUAUCACCAUGCCAGUUCCACUCCUGGGGGAGGUGGAGACAGACCACGAUCACAACACUAUGCUAACUAUGCCAUCCCGGGCAAUACUGCUCGACAUGCUCUCGCAGAUGUCAUGCAGAACGCACAGAAUGCAAGGCAUUCCCAUCACAUAUCACAGCCACCAGAUGUGACCAACAAUGCAAAGAGUACCCGGCAAGCGGACCGUGUUGGCCGCUACCAUCCAUCUUCAGUACGGGUGACUGCCACUGGCAUUGCAACAGGGGUGACAGAUGAUGCACCUGUACAUGGAAAAGUGUCAGCAAAGAUACAGCAGCUGCUGAACACACUGAAAAGGCCAAAACGAAAGCCCCUUCCAGAAUACUUUGUUGAUGAGUCAGAUGCAACUCUAGAAACACCUCAGGCUGAUCCUAAUGCACCAAAACCUGAAGGCAGUGAACUUACACCUGUGAUGGGAGAGCAACUGGUGAUACCAUCUGGUUUGCCUCGCAACCUUGAGGCAGCUCUGCAGAGGUACGGCUCCUCCACAUACAAAGCUAAUGCAGUGACUGUCCUUGAUCCCAGUGGCAAACCUUCUCUCAACCUCUCCUAUGGCAAGCUGCUGAACCGGGCCUGCAAGAUUGCGUUUAGCUUGCUGUGUAAAGUUGGGCAAAAAGGAGAAGCUAUCAUCAGGCAGGGCGAUAGGGUGGCACUGGUGUAUCCAAACAAUGAUCCUAUUUCCUUCAUAUGUUCAUUUUAUGGCUGCAUUAUGGCAGGUGUUGUACCUGUGCCAGUGGAAGUGCCUCUGUCAAAAAGAGUUGGUGGCAGUCAGGAUGCUGGUGGGCAAGGUGUAGGCUUCCUGUUGGGCAGUCUUAGUGUAUGCUGGGCUCUAACAUCCGAAAACUGCUACAAAGGCUUGCCUAAAUCGAGCAACGGGGAGGUCAUCACUUUUAAAGGUUGGCCUCGACUAAAUUGGUUUGUAACGGAAAACCUCAGCAAGCCACCAAAAGAUUGGCAACCCCCACCUCGCUUGUCUGAAGAUGUGCCUGCAUACAUAGAGUAUGCAAUAAAUAAAGAUGGAAGCACUGUGGGAGUGACAUCCACGCGCAAUACCAUGCUUUGUCACUGUCGGACGCUGACAGUGGCUGCCAACUACACAGAAGGAGAGGUGAUGGUUUGUGUCCUUGAUUUCAAACGAGAAGUUGGGCUGUGGCAUGGAAUCUUUUGUAGUGUCUUCAAUGGCAUGCAUGUGAUAUUUAUUCCUUAUUCCUUGAUGAAAGUUGACCCAGCAUCUUGGAUGAAAAUGGUGACAAAGUACAAAGCAUCAGUAGCUGUUGUAAAGUCUCGUGAUAUGCACUGGGGGCUGCUGGCUCAGAAAGACCACAAAGACAUCAGCUUCUCUUCUCUGCGUUUGCUUUUAGUGGCUGAUGGGGCGAACCCUUGGUCACUGACAUCUUGUGAUUCAUUCCUAAGUGCUUUCCAGUCAAAAGGCCUGAGACCAGAGGCCAUUUGUCCAUAUGCCAGUUCUUCUGAGGCCUUGACUGUCUCCAUACGCAGGCCAGGGAAGACAAGCAGCAGCGCAACAGGCCGUGGUAUCCUGUCCAUGCAAGGUCUGAGCUAUGGGGUGGUCCGUGUGGACAGUGAGAACAGCCUCACAUCUCUCACACUGCAGGACUGUGGCCAGGUCAUGCCAGGAGCCCUGAUGGUGGUGAUAAAGCUUGAGGGAGCUCCCUACUUGUGCAAGACUGAUGAGGUAGGAGAGCUGUGUGUUUGCUCAGGAUAUACAGGCACCAGCUACUGGGGCCUCCAGGGUCUCACCUUGGCCACUUUCCAGGUACAGCCUCUCAUGGCAGAUGGGCGGCCAGUUGGUGACAAGCUUUAUGUGAGGACUGGCCUCAUUGGCUUCCUGGGACCUGGAGGGCUUGUGUUUGUGUGUGGGAGCAAAGAAGGGCUGAUGCAGGUUUCUAAUCGGCGUCACAACACUGAUGACAUCAUUGCUACAGUGCUGGCAGUGGAACCCAUGAAGUUCAUCUACCGUGGAAGGAUUGCCGUUUUUUCCAUUAGAGUGCUGCGUGAUGAAAGAAUUGUGAUUAUUGCAGAGCAAAGACCUGACUGCACUGAAGAAGAGAGCUUUCAGUGGAUGAGCCGUGUGCUCCAGGCUGUGGACAGCAUACAUCAGGUUGGAGUGUAUUGCCUGGCUCUUGUCCCACCCAACUACCUUCCCAAGACAUCUCUUGGAGGCAUACACUUACAUGAGACAAAGAAAAAGUUUAGAGGAUCCCUUCAUCCUGCCAAUGUUCUCAUGUGUCCACACACAUGUGUCACCAAUUUGCCAAAGCCACGGGAACUGCAUCCAGAUAUCAAACCAUCAGCAGUCCAUGUAGGAAACAUUGUGCAGGGUGCCCGCAUGGCUUGGGCCCAGGGUCGUGACCUGGGCCUGUCUGAAGAAGAAUCAGAAGGCAGAAAGCAUCAGUUCCUGACAGAGAUCCUGAAGUGGCGAGCCCACACUACACCAGACCAUGUUCUUUUCACAAUGGUUAACAAUCGGAACCAGGUGCAAAUGAGCUGUAGCUGUUCACAGCUGCACAAGCGAGCAGAGAGAAUUGGCUGCAUGCUGAUGGAGAAAGGAAAAUUCAAUCCUGGUGACCAUGUUGCCCUUGUCUUUCCACCAGGGGUUGAUUUGAUUGCAGCAUUCUAUGGAUGCCUGUAUGUUGGUUGCGUUCCUGUGUGCAUCCGGCCACCCCAUCCUCAGAAUGUGUCCUCCACCCUCCCCACUGUGCGCAUGAUUGUGGAGGUCAGCAAGGCAGUUGCCAUUCUCACAGUGGGCACCAUCAUCAAGCUACUGAGGUCAAAGGAAGCUGCAGCCAUUGUGGACCCCAAGAACUGGGUGCAGCUAAUGGACACGGAUGAAGUGCCAAAGCGCCGGCUGGCCUCCAUCUAUCGUGCACCAACACCUGAGAUGAUCUGCUACCUCGAUUUCUCUGUCUCCACCACUGGUAUGCUGGCAGGGGUAAAGAUGUCACAUGCUUCAGCUACAGCACUAUGCCGUGCUCAGAAGCUGCAGUGUGAAUUGUAUCCCUCACGUGUGGUCUGUCUAUGCCUGGACCCUUACAACAGCCUGGGUUUUGUUCUCUGGUGCCUCAGCAGCGUGUAUUCUGGACACCACUCCAUACUGAUUCCACCAUCAGAAGUGGAGACUAACCCAGCUGUGUGGCUGACGGCUGUCAGUACUUACAAUGUGCGUGACACUUUCUGUUCCUAUGGUGUGAUGGAAUUGUGCACAAGGGGCCUAGGGACUUCGACAGCAGCCUUAAAGGCAAAAGGAGUGAAUUUGUCAUGUGUACGGGCCUGUGUGGUUGUGGCAGAGGAAAGACCACGAAUACAGUUGACAACAUCUUUCACCAAGUUGUUUGCCUCCCUUGGUCUAGCUCCUCGUGCAGUCUCCACCAGCUUUGGCUGUCGUGUCAAUGUUGGCAUUUGUCUCCAGGGAGCUUCUUGCCCUGAACCAUCAACAGUGUAUGUGGAUAUGCAGGCUCUCAGAAAUGACAGAGUCACUCUGGUUGAGAAGGGAAGCCCCAACAGUCUUUGUUUAAUGGAGUCUGGGAAGCUUUUGCCAGGUGUGCGUGUGGCCAUUGCCAAUCCAGAGACAAAGGGUCAGUGUGCAGACUCCCACCUUGGAGAGAUCAUGGUGAACAGCCCACACAAUGCAAGUGGCUAUUACACCAUCUAUGGAGAUGAAUCUCUGCAUCACGACCACUUUGACUCACGCCUGGCCACUGGUGACACACAGACGCCCUAUGCUCGCACUGGCUUUCUUGGCUUUAUCCGCCGUACUGAACUUACACAGAGUGAUGGAGAGCGGCACGAUGCAAUCUUUGUUGUGGGAGGUUUGGAUGAAACUAUAGUUCUUCGAGGAAUGCGCUAUCAUCCAAUUGAUGUGGAAACCAGUGUUUUGCGAUCACAUAAGAAGAUCUGUGAAUGUGCCAUGUUCACGUGGACAAACCUGCUGGUGGUGGUUGUGGAACUUGAUGGCCAAGAAAACGAGGCACUGGAUCUUGUGCCAUUAGUCACAAACGUGGUUCUGGAGGAGCACUACCUCAUUGUUGGUGUUGUGGUUGUCGUUGAUCCAGGUGUCAUUCCCAUCAACUCUCGUGGUGAGAAACAGCGCAUGCAUCUGCGUGAUGGAUUCCUGGCCGACCAGCUGGACCCCAUCUAUGUUGCAUACAACAUGUGAGGGAGGUUUCAUUGUGGAAUACAGCAUAUGAAGGAAGAUUUAUUUGUGACAUGCAAACGUGAGAGAAAGGUUUCCUUGUGGCAUGUAGUAUGUGGAAAACCAACUGCAAAAUAUUCUUGUGAGAAGCGGUGGAUCAUCAUUUGCAGCAUGCACGAGGGAAGCUGGUGGAGCAGUCUAAGGAUGCCAGGAUAGAGCAACUGAGAGUUCUGAAAACUAUCGUCCAGUUUGUGAAUAUGAGUUUGGAGGGAGUGAAAUGCAGAACCUGAUAGCUUCAGCAUAGAAGCUUUGCAUGGUGUCUAAAGAAGUGUUCAAUCCACAAGCACUAUCACUAUGACUUUUCUCAUGCAAGGUGAUGUCUGUGCAUCAACCUGUUUUGUUUUCCAGAUUGACUAGUGUCGUGUUCUGCAUGGAGUACCAGCGUGUGUUAUGCAUUGGGUCUCAGUUCCAGCAUUGAAGCAUUUAUAAAUAGAACGUUUCUGAAAAUGGUGUUACAAGAAUACAAAACCUUCUCUUCUCCUUUUGUUUUCUGCCUAUACUAAGAAUCAGCCCUCUGAGCUUUCAGUGAUGUACAUUUGUGGCACUGUGUACUGCUCGCAUGGAGUUUACACUCCUUGUAAAACUUCAGGAAUACAAGUGAUAGAUAAUGAUAAAAAAAAA